AUGUAUCCUGGGCGCUCUUUAGUGCCUGUGGCAAUCGGCAUCAGCACCCUUAGCUGGAGGACUGAAAUCUGGGAGCUUGCUGCGAGAUUUUUGAUUGCUUUGGUGCGUCACGAGCACGUUGGCCCAGCCGUUGCAUCCACCUGUUUGAAAGACCGUUCUGCACUCACCUAUCAAGCUUGCAUGGAUGCUGGUUCUUUCAUUGUCGUUGCCCGAGACGGAGAAUGGGAUGAGGCAUUGUUAGUUUGUCACAACGAAGGAUCUGAAUGGCUUUGCUAUUCGACGGACCCGAGUGGCACCAGAUUCAUAUGGGUUUUGAUUCGCAUGACUUUGGGGAAUUUCAGAAUAGUGGAAGGGAGAGAUGGCUACAGGGUAGCGCCUCCGGGAAUUGUGCCCGGGAACGUGAACUGGAUGUGCGACCCUGGCAAUCUUGCAGCCAAAUGGUCCCCAUCCCCUGGUCUUUUGGUGAAUCUUUGCUCGGAAGGUCGAAUCAUUAUGGACAUAGUGAAAGCAGAGGUUCAACCACCAACCCGUCACAUAGCGGGAAGCUCAGGGGACUUUGUGGAACUGAUCAGAGCAGCUCAGGCGCCAGCGCCGGCCCAGGCACAACAACCUGCGGUUCAGGCUGGGCAGGCCGUGGGAGCAGCAGGGAUUGGACCUCCAGCCGUGAGGGAUUCCAUGGAAUUGCAGAAACUUGCGGAGGUGGUCAACUCUUUGAGGAGCGAGAUAGAGGAGGGAAAGUCCAAGAAGAAGAAAGGCAAGAAAAGAAGGAACAAAGGCAGAAAGCGAAGCUCUUCCUCGAACAGCUCCUCCAGUUCCAGCCGAAGUUCGAGCAGCAGCAGCUUUGUGAAAUGGAAGAUGAAUGGCAAAAGCCGAAAAGUGUCAGCAGUGAGCAUGGGGAAGGUGGACACCAAGAAGUUCAAAAAGAGAUCCGACUUGUUGAUCUUUGCGGCGAAGCAUCCGGGAGCACUCACCGCCAACUUCAUCAAUGCCCUGAGGCAGAAACUGAUGAAAGGCGGAAUUGUCCGUACCAGCCAGCUGAGAGACAUCGAGAUGACGGAGUUUGUCACGACCGGGGCCGCAGGCUUGAAGGAGGUGAGGGAUCGGCGCGAAGCACUCACCAUAUUGCAGUCGAUGGACUACAUCAACCAAGGAGAAGUGGAGAAGGCGAUGGACGUUUUGGCUGACUGGUCUGGCCUGAUCGGGCCAUGGAGUUGGAGGGGGAGGGAAAUCUUGAAGACUAUUCCUCCGAAAGCUCCAUUUCAAGCGUGUGUAGACAUUUUGUCUGAGUAUGUGGCAGUCACCCGUGGCUCACUGAAUCAUUCCCUGCGAGGCGGCUUGGGCAAUAGGACAUCUCUGGAAGCCGGGGUCAGUCCGAGUGCAGUGUUUCCAUUACCUUUGAUGUCACCAUGCAAGUUGCCUAGGAGGGGACGGUCACGCGAGCGGGCGAAGGCCAGGAAUUCAUUUUUGAACUAUGUCAACCUGAUCAUUUCUGCUUUGAACCAUAUGUACAGUGGCUGUAGCAGGGUGAGCCGGGUUGAGCCUACACUAGCGCAAGCACGGGUGCAUCAAUGCAUUUUUACAACCGUGUCCAGCUUCCUUCGCAGUGGUGUUCGUACUAGCGGGGAAGAGGAAAUUAAGGAUUAUCUCCUGGAAUCCAUGCACUACAAUGGUGCGGGUGGACGGGCUCAACCACUUGGGCUGCGUGCAGGCGUUCCUGAUCAUGCAGCUGUGGUGGAUUUGAAAGGCGUGUUGGAUAGGUAUGACAAAGGGUUGGCUGAACAGGUGGAACAUCCUUCUUCAUUGCUGUACCCCAAAAGGCUUCGACCCAAACACAUACCUAAACCAUUUUGCAAAUUGCAUGAGACUUAUCCAGCGUAUGUCAAGCGCAACGUCAAAGCUGGACUCCAAACUUUGCUUCCUCGCAAGAGUAUUUACAAGAUUAAGGGAAGGCCAUUAUACAGUGGAGCUUUUGCUGUGCCUAAGAAUUCUGAUGAAGAUAGAGCCAUUUCAGCAUUGUGCCCAUUGAACGCAUUGGUCAACCCUGCUAAGCUGUGGAAACCACGCUUUGCGAUCAUGCCCAUGAUGAGAGCAUUGCAGAUAGCACCUGGGAAGCGCUUGCGUAUUUACAAAAAGGAUGCCCGUCAUUUUUUCCAUUUUCUCCGUGUUGGGCGACGGUGGAGAAAGUACAUGGCACAUCCACCAUUGAAGGCAACAGCAGAAUAUCCGGAAAUGUUCCCGGCACACGCAGGAGUUCCCAUGGGCUUCACAGCUGCUGCUUCUUGGGCUCAGGCCUACAACGAGGCCAAAGCAGUUUCCGUGUCUUUGCCUUCACAUUCACGCCUAGUAGAUUCACAGCCUCCCCCAUCUGUUUUUCCAAUUUGGGGUUCUAUCCUUGAUGAUAUCUGGGCUAUUGAGGAGUGCGAUUCUACUGAUGAUCCCCCUGGAGUAGCUCACAGGUGGAUGCAAGAUAUGGCACAUGCGUGGAAAGAGGAUGGUGUUGUAGAACAUGAGAAAAAGGCAGUCACUGGUGUUUACAAAGAGGAAGUGCAGGGUGUCCUGGUUGAGGGAUCUCGAGGUUGGUUGGGUGUCAGCCGUGAAAAGCGAGCCCAGCUAUUCCAGGCUGGAAUGUAUCUCUUGGCACAGCGGAGACCUUUGGUGGGAGAGGUGGACCGUUGGCUGGGGAAGCUGUCCUUUGCUUUGUCAUUUAGACCUUGUGCAAGAUCCAUUCUUCAGGACAUUUAUGUUUGGUUAGGGAGACACCGAGGCAUUUGCAAGAGAGCUGAACUAUGGCCAUCAGUUAGGGCAGAAAUUGUCAUGUCGUUGCUUUUCAUUCCUUUCAUGCAAUCUGAUUUGCGGUCUUCUUGGUGUCGCAGAGUCGAAGCUAGUGAUGCGGCUCCGGGAGGCCAUGGACGCGCGUGGACUCAGAUGAGUGAGCCAAUGGUCGCAGAGGCGGCCAGGUUGUGCUCACACAAGGGGGUAUAUACCAACUUGGAAUCUGAAUUUGGGAUUAUUUUGAACGACAAGGGGGAAUGUCCCAUGCAACAAGUUUCUUUGCCAUUGCAUCAGUACAAGUGGUCUACAGCUGCGCGUCAGGGUGGCUACAAACACAUCACAAUUGAGGAAGCAAUUGCUUUGAAUUGGUCCCUGCACGACAGGCUCAAACGACCAUCUGAGCUGGGCCAGCGAGUGCUUCACCUGGUGGAUUCAGCGGCUGCAGCUGGGGCCUAUAAGAAGGGGCGAUCUGCUUCACGAAAACUUAAUGGGUGUUGUAGGCAGGCGUGUGCUAUCAUUUGUGCUUCUGGCAUUGAUCCUUAUUUUGUUUGGGUCCCGACCGACGUCAACCCAGCAGAUGAACCCAGUUCCCGCCACGGUGUGAGAGCUGACCAGCACCGUACAGUGCAACCAAAACCUCAUCAAGUGGUAAAGUGUGGGGAUACAAAACUCCUUGCUGCUGAGACCAAUCCGUUUCAUACCCCUUGUGAUCCUGGUUUUCCAAAAGGGGGCAAAGAUUGGAGAGCGGAUGAGGAUGAGUGGUUGCGCGCAUUAGUCAUCUCUGGUCUUGCACAGACAUCCAACACAUGUUAUCAAACCCAGCUACCUGAGAUCUUCAUACAUCUUUGUUCUGGACCUCGGCGGGUUGGUGAUGUUUGUGAUUGGAUCAUACGCCAAGCCAAUUUGGACAGCCGAGCUGUGCUUGCACUACGGGUGGAUCCAUUGAUUAGCCGUAGUUUGGAUCUGGUUGAUGGCAUGUUUGUUUGCAAGAUUGAGGGUCUCAUUUGUAGUGGUAGGUGUUUGGGUGUUCUAGCUAGUCCUCCUUGCAGUACAUGGUCACGAGCUCGGCAUGUGCCUCUGACUGGCACCAGCACUUUUGGGCCUCGGCCAUUGCGAUCGCGAGCAGAUCCCUGGGCAUCUACGCUGUUGCAGGCACAGGGGAUGAAAACCAUUCGCUUCGAUCAGUGCCGCUUCGGGGCCAACGCUCGUAAGCCCACCCAAAUGUUGAUCAGCCAAUCUGACUUGGUUGGGCGUCUGGGAGGCGUCAUGAACAAUGGCGGGCUACCUUUGCGGCUGCAGCAUUUCCUUUUGAGCAUCCUACAAAACAAGUCUCUUCGGCUUUACCAAAAUGCUCUUGGUCAUUUCAAGGAUGAACUUGAUGCAAGAUCUGUGUCUUGGGCAGCUUUAAGUGAAGAUGACAAAGAUAUCUUCUUAGCAGAUGAUUUCAUAGAUCUCAAAGAAGCUGGAGCAAAACGACAAGGAUGCCAAGUGUUGUGUGCCGCUCUGCACAAAAUCUUCCCUAGACACCGGUAUGCUAUAGCACGGCGAGUUUUGGAAGUCUGGAAAGCAGAAGAACCAGUCCGUCAAGCCCCAGCAUGUCCUAGUGAGAUUGCCUUUGCCAUGGUAGGUGCUGCGCUAGCUUUGCAUUUAGGUGCCAUUGCCUACAACCUGUUGUGGUUUCUAUCCUUCAUGGCUUUUCUAAGAGGUUGCCUGUCUGAUCCCGGCCGUGUGCCUUUGGACUGGUGGAACCAACUGAGCGUUGCAGCUCCGCGCUCGCUGCAUGGGGACUGGUUGGUGUUGCCCUGUCGUCACUGUGGACCAAGACCUGCGCGAAGCCAUCACUGCAGAAGUUGCGACAGAUGCAUCCUGAGAAUGGAUCAUCAUUGCCCCUGGAUGGACAACUGCGUGGGGCUGCAGAAUCACAAGUUCUUUCUGACCUUCGGCUGA